UCAUAGGCUACGUUGAUUUUUCUCCACCUAGAAUAAAUCCAUGUCGUUUUUUAGGUCACUGACUGUUUUAUGAUUGAGACCCAGUUACAAUCUUCCUCUGACAGUCUAUAAAUUACCUUUGGAGGAGAAUUACGCAGGUCGGAUAUCUUUAACAGUACUGCUAGGUGUUAUGAUAUAGAAUAUUUGAACCGUCUAUUAAUUUCUAUUUAUCACAGAGGACUAUACAUGUCCUGUUCUGAGAGGCACGUAUGUAGUUUUUGCUUCUUGUCAAGACAGUCUUUCAGACAUUUUCGACCAAGCCAGUCACGGAUGCACCUUUUUGACAUGGACUGAGUUUUAUGCGGGGAAAUAUAAAAUUUCCACGGAAUGUCAGCGGAAUAAAUUAACCUGUUUAAUUGUACCACGUCGAUGAAUCAUCAUGAUUCGACAUCCAAAAUCAAAGGUUAAAGGGUUAAAGACUGUGGCUUGGUAUCUACAAGAAGCAAACGUAUAAACCAAAGGAAUAGCUACAAGAAGGAGACUUAUACACCAAAAGAGGAGAGAGCAGUGGUCAGUAUGAGUCUAGCAGCACGGCUCGAGAAAACCAGGAGCUGAGGGAAGGUCUAAUUACCACUGUCUGUUUCACUGUUAGUAAUCAACCCUGGACCACUGGAGUGAGGUCCAUGGGACUUGAUUGACGGACCUCACACACUUCAGGGAACCUAUGGCACAGCAGCAGGAACCUACAGGUGCCUACGUGUGAAUCCACCAUGGAUGGUGUGUUUUGCUGGCUACUGGUCCUGGGUGUGGCUGUGGCGAUGACCCACGCAUGUCCCAAGUACUGCAUGUGCCAGAACCUUAGCGAGUCACUUGGGACGCUGUGCCCUUCUAAAGGCCUGCUGUUCGUGCCGCCUGACAUCAACAGACGCACGGUAGAGCUCCGGCUGGGGGGAAACUACAUCCUGCGUGUCACACAGCAGGACUUUGCCAACAUGAGCGACCUGGUGGACUUGACACUGUCCCGCAAUACCAUCAGCUACAUCCAGCCGUUCUCCUUCUCCGACCUGGAGACCCUGCGCUCACUCCAUAUGGAUAACAAUCGCCUGAUGGAAAUGGGUCCAGACGACCUACGGGGUCUGGUCAACCUGCAGCACCUGAUCCUGAACAACAACCAACUGAAUCGCAUCUCCGAGCGGGCUUUCGAGGACCUGGUGGCGGUUUUGGAGGACCUGGACCUGUCCUACAAUAACCUGCAGAGCCUGCCCUGGCACGCAGUCCGGCGGAUGGUCAACCUGCACCAGUUGAGUCUGGACCACAACCUGCUGGACUACAUCCCAGAGGGAACAUUUGCAGAUCUGGAGAGACUGGCACGCCUGGACCUGACAUCCAACCGGCUUCAGAAGCUCCCACCAGACCCGAUUUUUGUGCGGGCACAGGACAAGGAGUUGACGACCACCCCGUUUGGCCCCCAGCUGUCGCUGAGCUUCGGCGGAAACCCUCUGCACUGCAACUGCGAGCUGCUCUGGUUCCGCCGGCUGGAGCGAGACGAUGACCUGGAGACCUGCGCCUCCCCUGUUGGCUUGAAGGGGCGCUAUUUCUGGUACGUACGGGAGGAAGAGUUUGUGUGUGAGCCACCCCUCAUCACGCAGCACACUCAUAGGAUGCUGGUACUGGAGGGUCAGAUGGCCAGCCUCAGGUGUGAAGCCAUCGGAGACCCCCUUCCUACAAUCCACUGGGUCACGCCUGAUGACCGGUUGCUUGGCAAUUCCUCACGGACUGUGGUAUACCACAACGGCACUCUGGAGAUCACCAUCACCACGUCAAAAGACUAUGGGACCUUCACCUGCAUUGCAGCCAACGUGGCUGGCGAAUCAAGCGCCUCUGUGGAGUUGUCAAUCAUCCAGCUGCCCCACAUAAGCAACAGUACAGGACAGAAAUCUCAGCCCAAGUCCCGCCUCUCCGACAUUACAGGUACUUCAAAGACCGGCAAGGCCCCUGCCAAGAACCAACCAGAGAAGGCGGUCUCUGUAUCCGAGGUGACCGCAGUCUCCGCCCUCAUCAGGUGGUCAGUCAGCAAGGCAGCUCCCAAAGUGAACAUGUACCAGCUCCAAUACAACUGUUCUGAUGACGAGGCCCUGAUUUACAGGAUGAUCCCUGCAUCCAGCAAGGCCUUCCUGGUGAGCAACCUGGUGUCAGGGACCCGCUAUGACCUGUGCGUGCUGGCGGCAUGGGACGACUCGGCCACUACCCUCACUGCAACCAGCGUGGUGGGCUGCGUGCAGUUCUUCACCCGGGACGACUACCCGCAGUGCCAGUCUCUGCAUGGGCAGCUGCUGGGUGGCACCAUGAUCCUGGUGGUGGGAGGUGUGAUUGUAGCUACCCUCCUCAUCUUCAUCGUUAUCCUCAUGGUCCGCUACAAGGCUGGGGAGGGCGGGGCCGGGGCAGAGCCUCCCAUCAGUAAGUUGAACGAUGUCAGCGACACCUUCUCACAGACCAACAGUGGACGCCUGGGGCAGAACGGAGUCCCACUGCCCCCUCUCAAACCCAAGCCCAAGGUCACCCAUCAGGACGAGGUGGUGGAGUUCAAGUGCGGCUCCCUCCAGAGCAGCCUGAGCUCCUCUUCCUCCUUCUCCUCUUCCUGCUUAGGCUCCCUGCAUGCGCCGGGCUCCUACAGCCCCAACAGCGCCCUUGCAAACAUCUGGAGGUCCGCCCCUCCCAAGCCCCGCGCCAAUCUGGACCACCUCCUGGGCGCCAUCACUUCUCUGGACCUACGUGGCCAGGCACGGGAGGGGUCCAUUUCAGGAGGUGCCCUGACUGGCCCCGCCCCCACUGACAAGGAGCCCCUGCUGGGCAGGACACUGGACUCGCGGCUCAGCAAACUGCUGUCCAUGCCCCUGGACUCCAAGCCCAAGCGGAGCCACUCAUUCGACAUGGGGGAGUUUGCAGCACAAACGGGUGCGCAGCUGUGCAGCUACCCCCGUCGGCUCGGCAGCAUGUGGACAAAGCGCAGCCUUUCCGUCAAUGGCACGUUGCUCAGGUGCGACGAGGAAGGCGACGUGGCAGACGCCGCCGGCAGUGGGGGAACUCCGGAGGGCGCAGAGUGGGUGAUGGAGAGUACCGUGUAGGCGGGUGGAUGCAAACACACUGCCUACGGGGCAACUUGCCGUUUCAGUGUUAAAGGGGGGAAAAUAAAGGGAAUUACACCCUGCUUCCAUGGUGCAUGGGAUCACACAUCCAUUCAUCAUAAAGAAAUGUUGCUGAAAUGUAUUCGUUAUAUGACAUGCUAUGCCAGGAACAAGUCCCCAACUGGCAGUUAUUAGAUAUAUGCUGUGGUGAAUGUUUGUGUGUGUGCGUGAGUGUGUGCGUGCGUGUGUGUAUGAUUGUGAACUGAGCAUGUUUUUCAUUAUUUCAUAUGAGCUGACUGACAAAUCAGCUUUGCUGGAAAGUCCAGAUGACAUACCUGUGAGGUUCUGUUCCCAUUAUUGAGGUUGUUAGUCUGGACCUGGAUUAGUUAGACCCGGAUUUUUGAAUGUAAAAUGAGAUCUUUGGUGGCAUUGAGAAUGAUGCUUUCUCUAGUGAACAACAUAGCCAACUCAGAGUCUGCAGGAGCCUCUGGACUUGUGCUACAAACACUGUUUAUACAUGUAAUGAAUAUAAAUUUUAUAUUUUUUAUCUUGCUGGUCAAACACAUUUAAAUGUUGCAUUGUUCCUACUCAAGGGGAAGAGUAAAACCAUUCAAAAACUUUUAUAAAGCCAACCUCCCUCCUUUCUUCUUUUCACUCGCGCUCACGUCUCCCAAAGGAAUCAUCGGGAAAAGCAGUAUUUUUAAUGGACCCACUGAUGUGUUUUUUUUUUUUUUUAAAUCUUAAUGCAGGCAGAAUGUGAAAUUUUAGCUGAAACCCACUGAAAGUUGGACAAGGGGAAAAAACUCAAAUUAAAGACAUGGAAAAAUCCACUUCAGUUGCUGCCACAUAAAGACAUAAAACCUUGUCGUCGAGGCAACACGACGCUUUCUUGCUUGUUUAUAUGUACAAAGGAAUUGGAAAGACUGGAUGUUUUUAAUCAUCUGAAAUCAUCUCCAUAUUAAUGAAGUAUGAAUUUGUAAUGUAGUCGCAGGUUCCUAACCAACUGAAAUCAAACCACUGAAUGUACAUGAGAUACAGUACAGUGAUGCAAAACAAGUACCACUCCCACUUCCAACCAUAAUAACUAACCAACCACCUUUACACAGCCAAAAAUAACUAACCAACCACAUUGCCAUAGGCAUAAAAACUAACCAACCACCUUCACACAGCCAAAAAUAACUAACCAACCACAUUGACACAGCCAUAAAAAUUAACCAACCACAUUCACACAGCCAAAAAUAACCAACCACAUUGAUACAGCCAUAAAAACUAACCAACCACAUUCACACAGCCAAAAAUAACUAACCACAUUCACACAGCCCUAAAAGCUAACCACAGCCAAAAAAAAAACAACCAUAUUCACACAGCCAAAAAAAGCCACCAAAGAUGCCAUUAUCCAUCAAGUCUACACAUGUUCAACAAAAGGAGUCAAAAAUUGCUACCUUGUUUUAAAUUUGUCUCUCAGAGGCACCUCCAGGCAUAUAGUGUCAUUCUAAUGCUAAUCAUUUGAUCAUUACAUCUGCUGUACUGUGCAAAAGUCUUAGGCUACCCAAGAAAUUAUAAGCUAUUGUCGCUGGGCAGUAUGGGCUUAUUUGCAUGGAAAAACAUAAAAUAACUAAACAAAUUAAUACAAUAAAUGAUAAAUGCAAAUAAAAUGCAUUAACAAGACUAAUGCUACAAGAACUCAGGGUUUGGUUCCCAAACCUCUGCUCAAGGCCGAUAUGUGAUAACAGCACAGAAUAUACUGAAAUACAAAUGAAACAUACAGAAGAAAACACUAAUGAUGGACCAAACAGAGCCCUGCUUUCAGCAUGAAACUGUACGGGAUCACUUAGACAGAACGAAAUGACAACAAAAUGAAGACAACAGAAAUGAAGCCACUUGGCUCACCUUCCAGUGCAGGUCACGCAUGGUGCUAAUAACACCAAGGUCAUGGGUUUGAUUCCUGAACUGUCAUGCUGAUAAAUAUGAAGGCUUCUCUGGAUAAUGCUGUAAAUGGUUUUUAUUGUUCUGGGUGGCCUAAGAGUUUUUCCUGGUACUGCUUAUCGGGAUCAAAUCACUGGUGUGGCCUAUGGAAAGUGUCAGACUGGUGUGAACAUCUCAGCUCUCACAGAGUUCUGGCCUGGAGCCAUUGUGGCUGGCAGGUGUCUGAUAGGAGUUGAACGACAAUGUUCAUUAACUCCACUGGUUGCACACCUUGUCUCUGUGGCAUGGACUCUUGGCUUUUUUCUUUGAAGGACUCCAUGCAAAGACUAUCUUGUGUAAUUCACUGCCACGGUUCUUGGUACCAUUACUCAUGGUUUCCAUUUGCUCCAACACAGCUGACCCCGCUGAUGAAGAAGUUAACAAUUACAUUAUGAGUAGAAUCCAGGCUGGAUACGUUAAGCAGUAUUAAAAACUGACCAAGCGCGUGAUCACCGGUACCAUGAUUUAGGAACCAAUGCCUUACUGUGAAGUCCAGCAAUGUGAAGAUGGACAAAACAAGCCAGUACCUCUGCGCUAAGAGAGCCAUUCGUUUUGUCAUCCCAAAGUGUCAUGGCCAGUGAUUUCAGCUGCAGAGACCACAGAAUCGAUUUGUCAAUAUAUACAGGUACCUAUUUUGGUUAGAAGAUGCGUAUGCAUUUUAGACACGACACUUAAUUGAGUUGGCCGGUGUCGACAAAUGUCCUCCAACCUGGCAGGCCACUCUGGAUUCAGGAGAAAGGAGAGAGACUGCCUUGCCGUGCCAGACCAUGGCCCAAACGGUUCAGCUCUGACUGCAGCGACUCCUUCGUGUUAGUUCUCCUCCAGCCAUCCGCUCUUUCAGAGGGACUGGAGAAUCACACCCUCACAACUCUCUUGUUGAACUGGUGUGUAGACUUCUCGUUGGACUUACAGAAGUUUAUCUUCAUCUUAUCACAGCCUGUACUAUCUCUUUCACACAGUUUUGAGUGGCUGCUUGACUAUAUAUUAUUAUUUUUUUGUACGAUUGAGUGAGUGUACAUGUUGGGGAAAUUGUACAGUAGCAUUUUAUUCUCUCGUUACAAAGACUGGGAGGGGCUCUUCACUGUGUUGUGAUGAUGUAUGUGUUCAAGCCCCUCUAUCUGGGGAACAUAGACAAUGUUUCUGUGUUCAGUCAAAUCAGAUUUUGUUUUUGCUACAAAUAAAAGAUAAAUAUUAAGAUGUCUAAUAAUGUGCA